AUGGAUACAGAUCGCGAUUUGGUACCUGAGCUGGAAAACUUAUAUGAAAAUAAAGAUUGGGAGCACUUGCUAGCGAGAUCUUCUGAAUCUCCUCAAGAUCCUGAAAUUCAGUAUUAUAGAGUAGAUUUUAUUUAGGCCCUAGCUAUGCAACAGCUUCACCGAUUUCAAGAAGCAAUAAAGAUUUUUGAGUCUAUUUAUUCACACAUCGGAGUUUUGAGAGAAAUUGACUAUAACUUGGGGCUAUGCCAUUACCACCUUAGUAACAUAGAGCCAUCAAUUGAUUAUUUGAGGCGAUAUAUGUAUUCCAAUCUGGAGGAAAUAAUAAAACAAUUUUUUGGUGAUUUAUAUAUAAAUAGUUUUUUUCAAGGUGAAAAAUUCUUAUCCUUCCAAUCCAAGCCACCCUUACAUAUAUUUUCACCUUGUGAAAGUGAUGCUUGUUAAGAGUAAUUUUUAUUUAGAACUUCAUACGGAUAUUGAUGAUGUUUGCGAGCGUGCUGUUGUAUGAAGGUCAAAAAAAAUCCCGUACAGAAUUUGGGCAUAUUCGUUAUAUCAGCUCAAAAAAUAUAAAGAAGCCCAUGGGAAGUGCUUGAUAAUUUUGGAGAAAAAUAAAGAAGAGCAUGCCAUAUGAUUCUUACUUGGAAAAGUCCUCAGAAGAUGCAAAUAUAUAAAAGAGUGCAGAGCUGCCUUUGAAAAGUGCUGUGCCCUCGACCCAGAAAACCUGAAAUACAAAAAGCGAUAUGAAUCCCUUAUUACAAAAAUCGCCACAAAGCGUGAUUAUUCUUCUGCAAAGCCAAAAAUUCAGUUAGAUACUCCAAUUCUCCCUAAAACUGCCGGGAUAAAAUUUCUUGAAAAUCGUGGCUGCGAAGACUUAUUUUGUAGGUUAUUUUAAUAUUAAGGUAGUUAUUUCUCAAAUAUUUAGCUCUUUAAAUGAAUUUCUCAGUAUUAAAUAGCCAUAUUUUCCCCUGCACAUUUGUCUGACUAUUAGAGAUUAAUAUUAAUUUUGGAGGAAUUGCAAUAAAGGCUUUUAUUUGAGCAAAAAUGCUGUAUCAAUUUUAA